GAAGUGAAACGUGGUGGCCUCAUGGCCGGUAUUUCUGCUGCUUCACUUGAGCUCGUUUGCAAUUACAGGCUGCAUGGAAAUAUAUAUUCAAUGGGAGUGUUAACAGCGGGAGGAGUUGAUGGUGGGAGAAGGAGAGAUUCCAUUAUUUUAACUUUUGAAGAUGCUAAAAUGUCUGUUCUUGAGUUCGACGACACCACACAUGGACUACUUACUAGCUCAAUGCACUGUUUUGAAGGUCCAGACUGGUUUCAUUUAAAAAGAGGACGAGAAUCAUUUGAUAAAGGGCCGAUUAUCAAGGUUGAUCCGCAGGGAAGAUGCGCUGGAGUCUUUGCUUUCGAACAACAGAUGAUAAUACUCAAGGCUGCUGAGAUCAAUUCUAGCUUAGUUGGUGAGGACAGUGCUUUUAGUUCUGGAGGUGCCUCAGCUCGCAUCGAAUCAUCAUAUAUCAUCACCUUACGGGAUCUUGAUGUGAGGCAUGUCAAAGAUUUCAUAUUUCUUCAUGGUUAUAUUGAGCCGGUCAUGGUUAUCCUUCAUGAAAGGGAACUUACUUGGGCUGGCCGCGUCUCUUGGAAACAUCAUACUUGUAUGGCCUCUGCUUUUAGUAUUAGUACAACAUUGAAGCAGCAUCCACUGAUAUGGUCAGCUGUUGUAAGUUACA